GUCGGGAAGCGGCGAGGCCACGCCCACUCGAUAACGGACCGAGCGGAGCCGCGAGACCCCCAAAACAGGCCCCACCAUGAAUCCCCUCCCGGCCGCCGUCACCGCCCUUCAUCUCCUCGUCCUCCUCCUCCUCUUCGUGGCCACCCUGGAUAAGGGCUGGUGGGUGCUGCCGGACGCGCAGGCGCUGAACCUCUGGUACGACUGUGCCCCCCAAAACCGCUCUCAGGGCUGGCAGUGCCGCAGCCUCGGGCUCAGCCCGCUGCUGAGGGGGGUCCAGGGGUUGAUGGUCACCUCCCUGCUGCUCUCGGCCUUCGGCCUCCUCCUCUUCCUCUGGCAGCUGCUGGGGGGUCCCCGCGGGCGCCUCUUCCUGCCCUCGGCCGCUGCCCAGCUGCUGGCAGGGCUGGCGGCGCUGUUGGGGGCGGGGCUGUUCGUGGCCAGCGGUGGCCGGGCCGGCGGUGGCCGUGCCGGGCACUGCCCGGUGCUGGCCGGGCUGGGGGGAGCCCUGGCGCUGGCCAGCGGGGGAGGCAACUGGACACGCCCACCCGGGACGCCCACCCGGGACACGCCCACCCAGGAAGCGCCCAUUGGAUAUGACUGGACACACCCACUGGGCACACCCAUCUGGGACACGCCCACCCUGGACACACCCACCCCGGAAACACCCAUUGGAUACAGCAACUGGACACACCCAUUGGACACGCCCUCUGGCCACGCCCACUGGACACACCUAAUGGACACGCCCUUUGGACACGCCCACUGGACAAUAUUCCCCCCCCAGCCCAACCAACAACCCCCCAAUGACAUCAUCAUGCGACCAAUUAUGGUGUCAUCAAUGUGGCCAAUGACAUCAUCAAACGUGGCCGAUGACGUCUUUGGUGGUGUUGGUGCGGGCAAUGACGUCAUCGGUGACAAGGGCGUAGCCAAUGAGGGCGCUGACAGCAUCGAUGACGUGAUCAACGAGAUGGGUGUGGCCAAUGACAUCAUCAGCACGGCCGCUGACAUCACCAGCGAGAUGGGCGUGUCUCGUAAUGUCAAUGACGUCAUUGGCCGGCAGAACUGA